AUGAUCAGAAAACUAAUUAUAUGGUUUAAAAACCUCAGAAUGAGUAACUAGAUAAUAAUACUUAACUUUAUUAUUAUCUUAUUUGCUGUCUUUGCAACAAUAGCAACAGCAUAUAUAUAAUAAGCAAUAUUUUUUACGUACAUUUAGGAAUUUGAAUAAACAUUAUCAUUAAAAUAGGAAAGAAACAUUAUAAAUAACAUCUCUAGAAAACUACGUAUUUACAUUCAGUAGAAAAAUUACUAAAGUAAAGAUUAACCCAAUAAUUUAUAGCAAUUUUAAAUUUAUGGCAUUCUCAAUAGAUGGUUUAUUAAUUUAUUCAAUUCUAAUCAGAUUACUAGAUCAAUAUUAAUUAAUUUUAAGAUUGUAUUGAAGAGGAGGAAAUUAGAGAUGAUAAUAUUAUUUAUAAUUCAGACAUUUUUUGUUAAGGAUUAUACACAAAAUAAUAUGAUGACCAAGCAAUUUUAUUAAACAAAACGAUUUCAUUACUUAUUCCUUUCUCAUAAUUAUUUAUAGGGAAUGAAUAAAAUAAAAUAUCAUUUAUUGAUGUACCGUAUAACUAAAUAUUCGCACAAUUUCCAAGAAUGUUCAAAUAUAAAAAUUUCACUCCUAGUACUAGACCUUGGUAUACUUCAAUUAUAUUUAAGGUAUAAGAACCAUUUAGCUCAAUAUUAAAUUUAACCCAAUUAAGAAUAUUUUUACUCUCCAAUAUAUAUUUCAGUUAGAAAUUUCAUGCCAUAUUUUGCUUUAACAUAUUCCUUGAUUAUUAAUUAAACUUUAUUUGGAAUUACAGCCUAAUUAUAAGAAGUUUAUGAUAAGAACAUUCAAAGUAUACCUUUAAAUAUUUUUUUGGUCAAUUCCAAUGGAGAUGUAAUAUUGACUACUAUGCCAACAAUUUCAUAAAUUAAUUUAAUUUUUACAAUAACUAAUUAAACCUAUACAGGAUUUAAUUAAACAGAUUGGGAGUUAAUAAAAGUGAAUUCUAAAAUGAAAAUUUCAUAAGAAACUGCUUUCUAUCUUGAAAAUAAAAUUUAUAAUAGAACUGUUUUUGUGAAUGCAUUCAACUUUGAAAAGGAAAAUCUAACUUUAAUUGUGUAAUAUGAUAAAAAUAUUUUUAAGUUUCAAAAAUGUGACUUAUGAAAUAGAAAUUAAUUAAAAAAUAGAAGAUUAAGUUGAUAAAAUGAAGAUGAAAAUGAUCUAAGAUUUAUAAAUUUAUUUAGGAAUUUGUAUAUUAUUAGUAAUGUUAACAACUAGUUUAAUAAGAUGUAUAUCAGCACCUUUAUUAAAUUUGAUUAAAGUGAUUAAUAUUCAUGUAAGAAAAAUAGGAAACAAUUUAAAUUCAGAAUUAUUUAAAAUGAGUUUUAAAAGUAAUAAGCAUACAGAUGUCUUUUCAUCACUUACAUAUUCAUUCUUAGGGUUAAAAGAUUUAUAGACUAAAAGAUCAGAAAGAAAAAACUAAAUUUGUCAAUAAAUUGAAGAUAUAAAAUACAAUUUUAAAUAUCAAGAAUUAGAUUAUUCUCAAAUUAAAGAAUCAAUCUUACUUCUCCCUAGUUAAGAUGUAUAAGAUUUUGGUUAAAAUAAUCUAUUAUUGAAACCUUUACUUUUAAGAAGCUUUUCAUAGAAAAAAAUGUGGGUUAGUACUGAUGAUCAAACAUAAUAUAGAUUAAUCCUCAUAAAAUAGAUAUUUUAGCAACUCUUUUAAAAUAAUAGCCUACUUAGGAAUAAUUGA